UCAUAAAUACACCACCUCCUCAAAGUCUUUGCAAGUCUUUGGCACCAAAAACCAAGAGCAAAUAGAAACAAAGCUUAUUCAAACGAAAUGAGAGGAGAAGGGAAAAACAGGAAGUGCCUAGCAUAUGUUGCUAUCUUCAUUGUGUUUCAGGCCAUAGUCAUCGCAGUGUUUGCACUCACCGUGAUGAAAAUCAAGGGCCCAAAAGUCAGGUUUAGUAGCGCAGUAGCAGAGAAUUUCAGCUCCACCGACUCCAACUCAUCAUCUCUGAGCUUCACCUUGGUCACCAGAUUUGCUGUGAAGAACACCAACUUUGGUCACUUCAAGUAUCAGGACAGCAACGUCACAAUCUUGUAUGCAGGGCAGGCAAUCGGGACGGCUGACAUCCCUAGGGGAAGAGCCAAAGCUCGAUCGACACGGCGAACCGAUGUUACCAUAAGCAUCAACACAGACAAGCUUACAGGAACCACAAACCUUGCAAGUGACAUGAACUCAGGUCUAGUGCCUCUGACCAGUGAGGCCACAUUGAAAGGGAAGGUUCAAUUGAUGAAGGUGAUAAAGAAGAAUAAGUCUGGCAAAAUGAGCUGCACCAUGUCAGUUAAUUUGGCCAACCGUGCUGUCCAGGAUUUGAAGUGCAAGUGACAAAAUUUCUAUGUCUGUGUGAUAUAUAUUUUUGUUUUUGUUAGUGUUUUUGUGUGUGUUGAACUUACGGGUAUUUCACCUAUUCUCUGUAGUUUGCAUGUGGAUUGUUGAGUUAUAUUGAUUGUACAUUUUUUUAAAAGAUUAUAUUCAUAUGGAUUUUGUUUUUUGGGUA